AUGGAAAAUGGUACGACUUGGGAAAAGGAUCCAUGUACGAUAUGUUCGUGUUUAAAUGGUUAUUUAUUUUGUAAAGCGUCGACUUCUGAAAAUUGCACCGAAAAUCCAGCCGGAUGCAUGUCCGAAUCGAAAAUAUUACAUCAAAAUGGGGAGACGUGGGAAGAAGAUCCUUGUACGCAUUGCACGUGUGAAGCUGGAGAAAAAAAAUGUAUCGCUUAUAUGUGUGAAGUAUCUUGUUCUAAUCCAAUACACGUACCUGGAGAAUGUUGCCCACUGUGUAAUGAAUCGUCGGUUAUUGUUUUACCACCGCAUUGUCCCGAUUUAAAUAAUUGUUCUUUACGAUGUUUACAUGGGUUCGUACGAGACGAUGCAGGUUGUUACACCUGUCAAUGCGAAGCAGAACCUUGUCUCUUGGAAUGUUUGCACGGUUUUGCACGAGAUGAUAGAGGUCAUUUAUUGUGUCAAUGCGCUGAACCCGAAUCUACUUCAUCCAUCACUACGACUUACGAUUGUCCAUCGGCAUCAGAGUGUCACGCAUAUUGUUCUUUCGGUCAUAAACACGAUAAAGAAAUGUGUGAAAAAUGUCAAUGCAGAUUUAAUGAAUGCGAACCUCUGAUGAAUUGCAAAAAAUUAUGCUCUAACGGUUUUGAAUUAAAUGAAAAAGGAUGUCCAGUGUGUAAAUGUCAGGUUACUUUUGAAGAUGAAAUGACUACCAUAUUGGAUGAUAGAAACCUUGCAAGUCAUUGUUUUGGAAAUGAUGGUUUCAUUCGAGACGAUGGUGAAACGUGGCACGAUGGUUGCAGGCAAUGUUUAUGCCACGGAGGCGUUGAAAUGUGUAAUCUCGUCGUUUGUCCGAGAUUAAAUUGUGUCAAUCCAAUUUUCAAUUCUUCCACAGAUUGUUGUGCCAUGUGUCCAGACGAUUUAAAAUCGAACACGGCUCCGUUGAAAACUUUAUUAUGCCAUUCAUUAGAUGGUAGUUAUAAAAAAGAAGGUGAAAUGUGGUCGAUCGAUCCUUGCACCAAUUGUAUUUGCCACAUGGGGCAAAUUUUAUGCGACGCUAGAGAAUGUCCACCCACACCGUGUCAAAAACCCAUCAAAGAUGAUGAUAAUUGUUGUCCUUAUUGUCCAGAUGAAUCCAGAUUUAUUGAAUCCGAGGGUGUGGCGUGUAGUUAUUCACAUCCACAUAAUUCUGUCUGGAAACAAGGGAAUUGUGAAAGUUGCAAAUGUGUAGACGGACAAGCGAUUUGUUACACUCAAGAAUGCGACGUUGAAAAUUGUCCGCAUCCAGUUUUACAAAAAAAUAAAUGCUGUAACAUUUGCAUAGAAAAAAUGUCACAGAGACCUUGCACGGUAGGAAAUUCAACAUUUGAAGAUUCAGACAAAUGGAUCGAAGAUGAUUGUACGAUGUGCGUGUGCAACGAUGGACAAACCAUGUGCACGAAACAAAUAUGUUCACCUCUUCACUGUUCGAAUCCCAUAAGAAAACUCGGAAUGUGUUGCCCCGUGUGCCCGGAUGGAGGAGAAACAAACGGUUUUAAAGACAACCCGGUUAAAAUAUUCGUUUACAACAUAAUCAUCACAACGUUAUCGUUAAUCGUUUUAGGUCUUUUAGUAUGUAUACUAAUACAAUGUAGAAGAUCGAGACGAUAUUGCGUGAGUUGUCCAGAUUCGGAAAGUCUACCAUCGUUUAAAUCAUUUUCUAAAUCUAAAUUCAAAUACGAUACAUCUCAUUCGGAUUAUCCAAACGAAAAAGCUAAACUCGCUAGCGUCUAA